CUAAGAGCUCGUGGAGAAGAAGCGCGGUCAGAUCUUUUUAAAUAGUUGACGGAGGCGGCCGAGCUGCGGGGAGUCAUGAGCUGCUUGUGGAUGGGAAACCUCGAGCCCUACAUGGAUGAAAAUUUCAUCUCCCGUGCUUUUGCCACCAUGGGAGAGCUGGUGGUCAGUGUAAGAAUUAUUCGCAACAGAAUAAAUUUGGCUGCUGCUGGUUAUUGCUUUGUAGAGCUGGCAGAUGAAGCUACAGCAGAGAGAUGCCUCAGAAAAGUCAAUGGGAAACUUGUCCCAGGAGCUGCACCGCCCAAAAGAUUCAAGCUAAAUAGAGCAGCUUAUGGGAGGCAAGGAGACAACAGAAACAAAAGUGGGCACUCUGACAACAGGUACUUUACACCUAACUCAUAUGAUCUGAACCAGUACUAUCAGCAGUACUGUAAUCCUAACUACUAUUCAAACUGGGGAUAUGACCAGAGUACAGGUGGCUAUGGUGGAUACAGCUACAGUUAUCAGGCUUAUGGAAACACAAAUGAAGAUGGUGGACUUGAAGAACCCAUUGUGGACCUGGAUGUGGUGGCAGUUAACAGACAGUUUAUGGAGGACAGUGAGGAACUCUAUGAUGCCCUCAUGGAAUGCCAUUGGCCUGCUUUGCAUGUGCCUGACUCUCCUGAAUAGAAUGGUAUUCCUCUGAUGUGGGGAUUAAUCUGCUAAAACACUUCAUAGUAGGAGAAUGAAGAUGUUUUAUGCCACAUUCUCCUGAGCCCUCAUAGAUGGCAGACUGGAAGUGAGUCUGAAACAUGAGUCUGUGGAGUUCAUGAGUAUCUGUGACAAAAAUGUUUUCCUGUUUAUAAGCAGAAAAGCUGCACAAACUCUCCUUGCUAUGGUAUUUUGGCUAAUUGAAAUUAUCUGCGGUGAUUUGUAGUUUGUUUUCGGAAAGACUUUGUGUUCAUUUCCUGUGCAGUGUUUUGGUUGAGUCAUAACGAGACUUAAACCUUGAAAUUUCAGUAUGGUGGUUGGUCCUUUACUGGUUCCUGAAAUUUCUUGGUGUUUAAUACAUCCAAGAGGAAACUUGUCCCUCAUUCCUGAGUUUAAGCAAGUGUACUCCAUUAAGACCCCUUUACACUUACUUCAUUGUGUUAAUUGAUAAAGAACAUGUAUUGAGUUCUUCUACAAUUCAGACCCAGAACUGCACUCGAGCCAUUCAGUUCAUGAAGCAUGAAGUCAAAGCUGGUCUCUUAAUAUUGUAAGACAUAUGUUGUAUACUAGUUGCCUAUCAUACUUAAAGUCUUAACAUGAUGCUAACAUGAUGAUAACAAGUUGUCUUUUGUUAGCAAUAAAUUAUUGAUAGGAUUCAUUUUGUGCAAAGCUUAGAUUCUUCAGGAAAGUCAGGAAAAAUGAUCAACAAUUGCGAAAAUUAAUUUUGAGCAGAGCCUACAUAAAGUCAUAAGUGUUUAUAGUGCUGUAGUGCUCUAUGCUACCCAGAUCAUGUUUAUAUUGAUAAUAUCACUCAAUAUUUCUUGGGUCAUGUUGUGUCAAAACUGCAAAGUUGACUUUGUGGCAUGCAAGUCUUUGGAGUUUUGGAGACUUUGCUAGAGUUCAAUGUGUAAAUUUUGAAAUUAAACUAUGUAUAUUAACAGA